AUGACUUCGCUAAACGAAUUGAUGAAGUUCGGAAAAGAACUAGGGUUAACGGGAGAAAACUUGCAAGAAUUCGUAAGAGAAGAGCAAAGUAAAGAGCGUGAAAGGUUCGAAUUAGAGCGCGAAGAAAGAGCGAAGGAGAGAGAAGCUAGAAAAGUGGAAUUGGAAAUAGAAACUAGAAUGAAAGAACUUGAACUAGAAAGACUAAGAUUACAAGUGCAAAGUGACGAAAGUGAGAAAUAUGAAGUAAAAGCUGAUGUUUUUAAGCCAGCAUUUCCGAAACUGCCUGUGUUCAACGAGGCUAAUGACAGUAUAGACGCGUACAUACUCCGGUUUGAAAGACUAGCAACCAGCGCCGGAUGGGACCGGGAUGUUUGGGCGGUUAGCUUGGCAUCCUUGCUACAAGGGAAAGCGCUAGACACGUACCAGCAUCUCUCGCCAGUGGAAGCGCGCGACUUUGAGCGAGUGAAAGAAGCGUUGCUCAGGUGUUUCCAAUGCACGGCCGAGGGCUAUAGACAAAGAUUCCGUACUUCCAAAUUUCACAAAAAUGAAACUGCUUCCCAAUUUGCUAACAGACUAAAGAACAAUUUAACAAGAUGGGUCGAACUUGCAGGGUGUGAACAAACCUAUGUUGAUGUAUUUGAUCUUAUGCUCACUGAACAAUUCUUGAAUGCGUGUGACAAAAGCAUGGUGCUAUUUUUAAAGGAGCAUGAUUUUAAAACCUUCAAUGAGAUGAUAAGAUAUGCGGAAUUGUAUAUGGAAGCGCAUGUAAACUAUGGUAGGAAAGAUAGAGAGGGUCAUGAGAGGAACGCGACAGGUCAUGCGAGUGCGAAUGCAAAUAGCAGCUCUGCGCCAGGAGUGAAUAAGGGUGAGGAAAGGAUGAAAGGCGGAGCGCGUGCUUGUUUCGUGUGUGGACGAGGUAAUCACCUUGCCAAGGAUUGCUAUAACAGGUUCGGAGGAUCAAAGUAUAAGGAUAGUAAAAUAAUCAAAUCUAAUGCUGAAAAAGCGGCAAUGGCUAAUCAUGGUGAUAAAUUGAUGAUUGCAAGAGGUACAGUGGAAGGUGUGAGUGUUGACGUGUUUCGUGAUCCUGGAUGUACGACAGUAUUAGUGAAAGAUUGUUUGGUACCUAAAAGUAAAUUCACGGGUAGAAUGGUUGACAUAAGGAUGGCCAAUAACAUGGUGUUUAAGUAUCCAGAGGCUUUUAUCUAUGUCGAUACUCCGUUCUUUACUGGUAACUCGUUAGCUGCUUGUCUGCCAGAUCCUAUAUACGAGUUAGUGAUCGGGACGAUUGAGGGAUCGACUAAUGGUGGAAUGAGUGUGCAGGUGAGUGCGGUAACGACAAGGCUGCAGAAGAAAGAGGAAGAAAAGUGUGUUCGAGGUCAGUCAAAACUUAAAGUAAAAGAUGUUUUAAAAAACUUUAAAAGUAAAGACAUAGGUAAGUUGCAAAGGGAAGAUAAAACUCUUAAUAAGCUUCGCGAGUAUGCCGAAUCUAAGAAAGUAUUCAGUGGUAAGUCCGAGGGUGAAUCGCAUAGCUUCGUGGUGAAGCGCGGCGCGUUAUACCGGCGCGUUCAAAGGACACAGCAGGUGACUGAGCAGUUGGUGGUACCUGAGUCUUUUCGAGACGCGGUGAUCGGGCUGGCCCACGACUCUCUCAUGGGAGGGCAUCUCGGGAUAAAGAAAACCACAACGCGAAUUCAAAGUAACUUUUUCUGGCCAGGAAUGUGUGUAGAGAUAGCACGGUAUUGCAGGUCGUGUGACGUAUGUCAACGCACGGUCGACAAAGGGCGUGUCAGGCGAGUCAAGAUGGGAAGAGUACCGCUUAUCCAGGAGCCUUUUCAACGAGUCGCCGUGGAUAUAGUGGGUCCGAUAGAGCCUCGGGCGAAUGAUGGAUCGCGGUAUAUUCUUACGAUUGUUGAUUACGCGACGCGUUACCCGGAAGCGAUCGCUUUGAAAAACAUUGACACGUGCACCGUUGCAGAAGCGUUAAUUUCAGUUUUCAGUCGCGUUGGGAUUCCGAAAGAAGUAAUGUCAGACAGGGGUAGCCAAUUUACGUCAGAGAUGAUGAGGGAAUUUAAUCGUUUGCUAUCUAUAAGGAGUUUAACAACCACACCAUACCAUGCGAUGAGUAAUGGUUUGGUUGAAAGGUUCAAUGGCGUUUUAAAAAAGAUGCUGAAGCGUAUGUGUCAAGAGCAACCGAAAAUGUGGCCACGAUUCAUAGAUCCGCUUCUAUUUUCGUAUCGCGAAGUUCCGCAAGCAAGCACGAAGUUUUCACCGUUUGAACUUGUCUACGGUCAUUCAGUGCGCGGGCCACUCGCCUUGUUGCGCGAACUGUGGGAGGGCGAUCGUGAGGCAAUCGAGGACGACACGCGGACCACGUACGAGUACGUAAUUAAUCUAAGGGAAAGGUUGCAAGAGACGUGUAAAUUAGCGCAGAAGGAAUUGGAAAAAGCUGGAGACAGUUACCAGUAUUAUUAUGAUAAGCGUGCGCGCGAGAGGGAGGUUAAUGUCGGAGAUAAAGUGUUACUCCUACUUCCCACUAGUCAUAAUAAACUCCUGUUGCAGUGGCAAGGACCAUUCGAGGUCGUUAAGAAAGCAAACAGAUAUAACUACGUGCUAAAUAUAAACGGUACGGAGCGUAAGUACCAUAUCAAUAUGAUCAAGCGCUAUCAUGAGCGAUUCGUCAAAGUAGGCGACAGUAGGCGUAAUAAAGAUGUGGAACGCACUGAUGCAACAUGCGAUGUUGAGGUAAUGCGUGACGUGAUCAACGGUAAGAGUAACGUUGAUGAGAAUAGUGAACAAGAGAAUGAAGAUAAUUCAAUCCUUGCUUGUGUGGCAGUAGUUUGCGAAGACCACGACGAGGGUGGCGAAGUAAUUACCGUCCCAAGCUAUGUACAGGAGGAAGACGUGAGUAACGUAAGGGUAAAUGAGGAAUUGAGCGCGGACCAGAAACGCGAUGUGGCGAACGUAUUGUCGGAGUUUAGCACGGUAUUCACGGAUGUCCCGGGAAGAACCGAUGUCAUUGCGCACACAAUUACUCUAACUAGUGAUAGGCCGGUAAAUACUAAACAAUAUCCUAUUCCUUAUGCGUUGCAGCAGAAUAUCGACGAUGAAGUAGAUCGGAUGCUCGAGUUAGACGUGAUAGAACCUUCAGCCUCGCCUUACUCGAACCCGCUAAUCGCUGUGAAGAAAAAGGACGGGAGUGAUCGCGUUUGUUUGGAUAGUCGUAAGAUUAACAAGUUGACAGUAUUUGACUCUGAGCCCAUGCCAGAUCAGGAUUUGAUAAUGACUCGUAUCAGCGGUAGUCGGUAUUUCACAAAGAUCGAUCUUUCCCGCGGGUAUUGGCAAAUCCCCAUAGACGAAAAAAAGCAAGCCAAUCACAGCAUUCCAAACGAGCAAAGGGCUGAUGCAGUUUAA